AUGAUGGAUGUAGAAAAUGAAGGUGAUGACAUUGGUAUACAAUUUCCUCUGCCGCCAUUACCCAAACGACGCCGUUCGACAUGUUUCACUAAGUGCAUCAUUUGCCAGUCUGACUCAAGAGAAAAUCUGAGAAAGGGAAAGCAAUCUUCUGUUAAAAAUUUUAUUUCGAAAUUGCAAAUUCGUCAGGAUGACGUUUAUCGACGGCUUUCUGCAAAUUUUGAUGUCUUGUACGAAAACGAAGUUCUGUGGCACGCUUCCUGUUAUACAACAUAUACAAGUGAACAAAAUAUCAAGUAUGCGUCAAAUCAUCAAUCAUCGACAGUGCAGACAGAAAAAAAUAAGUACGCUGAAGCAACCAGUGAGCCUUGUGCCAUGAUAUAUCGAUCUAAAGCUGUCCCGCAUGACUGGUCAAAAUGCUUGUUUUGCAAGAAUCGCACUCACAAGAAAGAAAAAGUGAUGCAAAGUGUAUCCACACUCGCGGCAUGCAAUACAAUAAUGCAAUGUGCGGAGGCAAAAGGAGAUCAGGAUAUGCUUCGUGUACUUAUGGGAGUCGGCAAUGAUUUAGUUGCCGCCGAAGCGAAGUAUCACAAAACAUGCUUCGCAUCUUAUGUGAGCAAUCAAAGCUCAAGUCUCAAGUCUUUAAGGAAGAUGAAAGAAAAGAAUCUGUUUAUGACCAAGCAUUUCGUGAAAUGGCUUAUGAUAUGGUUUCAUUGUUGAAGAAAUAUGCCGAAUUGCUAGAAGAAAGAGGAGUUGAUGGUCAGAAAUACACUAGCCAGAAACUGAAGCCUCGAAUGAGAAGUCAUUUCGGAGAGACGAUUGUAUUCCAUCAACCUUAUCAGAGAUCAAGACCCAAACUCGUGUAUUCAAGUAGUAUUUCACUACAAGAUAUUAUCAAUGCUUCUGCUACCCACAACAAAGAACAACCGUCAUCACAAGCAC